ACUUUUAUAUAAAACGGAGUUAAGUUGAUGGUCAAUGCGUUUACCAUUGUUUCGCCGAAAAUCACUUGCAUCAACAAUAAACUGGUUGAACGACAACGAACAGAAGAAAAAAAAACCGGUGAAAAGUGAACGAAAAACAUUAUCCAAAUGUGUUCGGUAGCAUUGAAACAUGAAAAAAAAGCCCAGCCAACGGUAUAAUCUAGACCAUUCGCUCAUGUGCAUUGUCUUAUUGUAAGUGAUCGGUGGUCAAUGAGUUCAGACAUCAUUUUUGUGUUUCGACAAAAGAAAGAGCAGAGUAAAUACAAUUAAUCUUGAAAUUUUGUGAAGUUUUAUGUGUGUUAUUUCUUUUGUUGCUGUUCGUCUUUAAAAAUGUUUUCUGAAGAAUCCGUGUUGCAAACCGAACCAGUAAUUUCCGAUUUGAAAACCCCAACCAACACCGAAUACGAUCCAUACGUUUGUUCGCUGAAUUCACAUUUCAAGCAAAUUGCCAAAGAGGAAUUGCGCGAAGAUGAGAAUAUACGAACACAAGCUUUGGCACAAUUUCGUGAAUGGAUUGCCAAGCACCCGCACAUCAAGAGAUGCCGAACGGAUGCUGUUUUUCUGUUGCGCUUUUUGCGCGUAAAAAAAUUCUCACUGCAACCGGCCUGCGAAAUGUUGGAAAAAUACUUGACCAUUCGCCAAUUGUAUCCGCAAUGGUUCCGAAAUUUGGACCUCGAAGACAAAGCAUUGGAAGAGAUCAUCGAUAUGGGCUAUGUGGUACCGUUGCCGGAACGUGAUGAACAGGGACGUCAAUUGAUUUUAACCUGUGCCGGACGUUUCGAUCCAUAUCGUUUUACAUCGGCUCAAAUGGCACGCGCUCACUCACUCGUCACCGAAGCUCUGUUAGACGACGAAGAAUCACAAGUGGCUGGCUACUCGCACAUCAACGACGAAGAAGGCUUAAGCAUGGGCUUGCUCAGUUUAUGGUCAUUGACUGAUAUCCGCGCUAUGUUAAAAUGCAUUCAGAAUUCAACCCCAAUGCGUUUGAAAGAGUCAUACUUUCUCAAUUUGCCAGCAUACGCUAACAAAGUGAUGGAAUUUGCAAUGGGUGUGCUCAAUGAAAAGUUGAAAAAACGUGUCAUCUUCAGCAAAAAUCUCGAGGAAUUGAAAACGAAAGUAAAUCCAGCAUUGUUGCCAAAAGAAUACGGUGGCACCAUUCCACUCAAUGACAUGAUUGACGCAUUCAAAGCACGCGUUCGGAAAAACCGUGAAGCACUCCUUGCUUUGGAUGACAUGUACAUUGAAAUCACCAAGGAAUCCACCAAUUUCGCUGGCAACGAUGAUGCAGACAUCGAUGCGGGUAUGGUCGGUAGUUUUAGAAAAUUAGAGGUAGAUUAGAAACAGUAAACAACUGAUUACAAAUAACAAAAGAACACACAAUCAAACGGCAAAUUCUCUUUAUGCCCUGGUUGCUUGGGAUAUUUUAUCUUGAACACACAUUCACACAUUUCAAAUUGACAUUGUAGAUCUCCCUCUCUUGAUUUUCGUACUUCACUUCUUCCAACUAACAAUUUGUUUGUAUUUUUCUUUCGUUUUUGAGCUUUAUCACUUUUGGAUUUUACUAUUUUCUCUUUCGGUUACGAUUCGAUAUUCAAUAAUCAAUAAGAAGUAGUUUUUGGUUGUAAUUUGAAGCACAUGAAGCCACAGCACAAGCAAUAUCCAUCCAAAAAUUUUCAAUUAAUCUGAAUUGUUGGCAUGUAAAAUAUCUAAUAACUGCAUCGCCUUUUGCACUUGGAUGAUAGACGUGGAAUGGCAUCAAGGAUGCUUCUCGUUUCAUCAUUUGCUGUAGAAUGAAUUUUAUGAAUUGCUUUCAACAUAUAAUCUCGUUUGAUAAUUGCAUUUGGAUUGGCCGAAAAUUCUUGAAUAUGUAAACAAUAAUUUAAUUCCGAUUAUUUAAGCCCCGCUUAUUUUCUUAUCCCGACUUCCAAACUAACAUUUCCAAACAAAAACAACAUUUACGACAACUAACAUUCAAUGCAAUGGUAUAUUUGCCUUCCAUUCUUCUUUAUCUAUUUGUAGUAGUUUAACGACAAUGUUUUUUUUUCGUCUUUUAUAAGUAGCCAGUAAGCACAAUUUUAAUUUGUAUUUGAUAAACAAAAUGUAACGAUAAUUUGUUUUUGCAUUAGAAUUUUUUUUAUUGCACAUUCAUUAAGGCAACUAAAAAAUGAGCACAGAAAAAAAUGAAUAUGUUUUAAUAAUUUAAUAUUAAAAAUAGUUGCACAAAAUUUGCAAAUAAUUAUGUAAACACAAAACGAAAUUCCAAUUCUAUUGCUAAAUAUAAAUGUGAGCCCGUCGGUGGAUAAAGUUACCAUAUCUGUGAUCCUUUUCAAAAGGGAUUUUUUUUUAAACAUUAACAAGUAAUGCAAUUUCUUUUUAACGUUUUAGGGAAUCUAAUAUUCGUUUCAUUCAUGCUUUUAAGUUUUAAGACAACUUUUUCGUUCUGUUUUGGGAAAAUUUACAAGAAUAAGAAAACACAUUACAACUUUUGUGCUUGUUUGUGUUUCAAAGUUUGUUAGUUUUUUUCAAAGCCACCAAUAGGUUUGGUAAAUUCAAAAAGUUUACUUUUUUCUGUGACUAAAAAAAUGAAAUUAAAAAAUAAAAUAGAAACAUGUAUUUCGCAUUUCUGGCUUAAAAUAAAAUUUAUCAAUUUUUGCCGUC